AUGAAAGAAAUAAAGGUCAAGAAGAUUCCCAAAGAAAAAAUAAAGGUCCAGAAGUCUACCAAAGAAGAAAUAAAGCUCGACGAGCCUGCCAAAGAAGAAAUAAAGGUUAAGGAGCCUGCCAAAGAAGAAAUAAAGCUCAAGAAGAUUCCCAAAGAAAAAACAAAGGUUGAGAAGGCUACCAAAGAAGAAAUAAAGAUAGAGGAGCCUGCCAAAGAAAAAAUAAAGGUCCAGAAGAUUGCCAAAGAAGAAAUAAAGCUUGAGGAGCCUGCCAAAGAAGAAAUAAAGGUCAAGGAGCCUGCCAAAGAAAAAAUAAAGCUCAAGAAGAUUCCCAAAGAAAAAGCAAAGGUUGAGAAGACCACCAAAGAAGAAAUAAAGGUCAAAAAGACUACCAAAGAAGAAAUAAAGAUCAAGAAGCAUCCCAAAGAAGGAAUAAAGGUUGAGGAGCCUUCCAAAAAAGAAAUAAAGGUCAAGCAGCCUGCCAAAGAAAAGGUAAAACUCGAGAAGCAUCCCAAAGAAGAAAUAAAACUAAAGAAAAUUCCCAAAGAAAAAACAAAGGUCGAGAAGCGAUCCAAAGAAGAACUAAAGGUUGAGAAGCCUCACAAAGAAGAAAUAAAGGUCAAGGAGCCUCCCAAAGAAGGAAUAAAGGUUGAGGAGCCUGCCAAAGAAGAAUUAAAACUCGAGAAGCAUCCCAGAGAAGAAUUAAAACUCGAGAAGCAUCCCAGAGAAGAAAUAAAGCUCAAGACGAUUCCCAAAGAAAAAAUAAAGGUCGAGAAGACUCCCAAAGAAGAGAAGAAGCUUGAGGAGCCUGCCACAGAAGAAAUGAAGCUCGAGCAGCCUCUCAAAGAAAAGAAAGAAGAAAAGAAACCUCUCAAAGGUUUCUCGAAGGCUGAGAAGCCUCACAAAGAAAAGAUUAUUGUGAAAAAGUCUUCCAAAGAACAGAAAGACAUAAAGAAAUCUUUUAAAGAAGAAAUAAAGGUUAAGAAACCUCCCAAAGAAGAAAUAAAAGCUAUGAGGCCUCUAAAAGAAGAAUUGGGGGGCAAGAAACCUCCCAAAGAAAGGAAAGGAGAGACGAAACCUGCUAAAGAAGCUAAACAUCCCAAAGAAGAUAUAAAGACAGAGGAAACUCCACGAGAAAAGGAAGAAGAAAAGAAACCUGCCAGAGAAAAGACAAAGGUUGAGAAACCUAUAAAGCACAAGAAAGAAGAGAAGAAACCUCUUAAGGAGAAGACAGUUGCAAAGAAAGAAGUACACACAGAAAAAACUCACAAACAAAAGAAAGGAAAGAAACCUCCUAAACAAGAACUAAAGCUAGAGACACCUCCCAAAGAAGAGAUACAAGUUGAGAAGCCUACGAUAAAAGACAAAAAGGUUGAGAAGUCUCAAAAAGCAAAGAAAGAGGAAGAGAAAUAUAUCAAAGAAGAAAUUAAGGUUGAGAAGCCUCCCAAAGACAGGAAAGAAGAAAAGAAACCUCUCAAAGAAGACAUAAAAGUUGAAGAGUCUCAACAAGAAGAAAUUAAGGCUAAGAAACAUCCCAAAGACAAAAUAAAGGUUGAGAAGCCUCCUCAAAAAGAAUUAAAGGUUGAGAAGCCUCCGAAAAAAGAAUUAAAGGUUGACAAGCCUCCGAAAAAAGAAUUAAAGGUUGACAAGCCUCCAAAAAAAGGAAUGAAGAUUGAGAAACCUUCUAAAAAAGUAAAGGUUGAUGAGCUUCCUAAAGAACAAAUACAAGUUGAAAAAGCCCCCAAAGAAGAAGUAAAUGUCAAGAAGCCCUCCAAAGACAAAACAAAGAUUGAGAAGCCUAGCAAGGAAAAAACAAAGGUUGAGGAGACUCCCAAAGCAGAAAUAAAGGUUGAGGAGACUCUCAAGAAGAAGUCUCCCAAAGAAAGAGUACAGGUGAAGAAGCUUCUCAAAAAAGAAAUAAAGGUUGAGAAGACUACCAAAGAAAAAAUAAAGGUCAAGCAGCCUGCUAAAGAAAAACUAAAACUCAAGAAGCAUCCCAAAGAAGAAAUAAAGCUCAAGAAAAUUCCCAAAGAAGAACUAAUGGUUGAGAAGCCUCACAAAGAAGAAAUAAAGGUCGAGGAGCCUCCCAAAGAAGGAAAAAAGGUUGAGAAGCCUUCCAGAGAAGAAACAAAAGUAGAGAAGCACUCAAAAGAUGAAAUAAACGGCAUAAAGUCACUCAAAGAAAAAAAGGUUGAGAAGCCUGCUAAACAAGCAAUAAAAGCUGAGCAGACUUCCAAAUACAAAACAAAGUUCAAGGAGCCUUCCAAAGAAGAAACAAAGAUCAAGAAACUUCCUAAAGAGGACUUUAGGGUUGACAAGCUUCCCAAUAAAACAAUAAAGGUUGAGAAGCCUCACAGAGAAGAAUUAAAGAUUGAAAAGCCUCCUAGAGGAGAACUAAAGGUAGAAAAACCUCCCAAAGAAGAUGAAAGUGUCAAGAAGCCUCCCAAAGAAAAAAUUAAGGAUGAGAAAUCUCCCAAAGACAAAACAAAGGUCAAGAAGCCUUUCAGAGAAACAAUAAAGGUUGAAAAGCAUCAAAAAGAAGACAUAAAGGUUGAGAAACUCCUCAAAGAAGAAAUUAAGGUCAAGAAACUUCCCAAAGACAAAAGAAAGGUUGAAAAACCUCCCAGACGAGAAAUAAAGGUCAAGAAACCCCCUAAAGAAGAAAUAAAGGUUAAGGAGCCUCCCAAAGAGAAAAUACAGACCAGGAAACCUCCCAAAGAAGAAAUCAAGUUUGAGAAACUGCUCAAAGAAGAAAUAAAGGUUGAGAAGCCUCCGAGAGAAGAAAUAAAGACCAAGAAGCCUCCCAAAGACAAAAUUAAGGUUGGGAAGCCUUUCAAAGAAGAAAUAAAGGUGGAGAUACCUCCCAAAGACGAAAUAAAGGUGAAGAAGCCUUCCAAAGAAAAGAUCAAGGUCGAGGAGCCCCUAGAAGAAGAAAUAAAGGUAGAGGAACCUCUCAAAGAAUUAGUACAGGCCGAGCAGCCUCCCAAAGAAGAAAUAAAGCUUAGGAAGCCUCAUAAAAAAGAAAUAAAUGUCAAGAAACCUCCCAAAGAAAAAUUAAAGAUUGAGAAAUCUCUCCAAGAAGAAGUAACAGUCAAGAAGUCUCCCAAAGAAGAACAAAAGAUUGAGAAGGUUGGUAAAGAGGAAAUAAAGGUUGAAAAGACCCCCAAGGACAAAAUAAAGGUCAAGAAGCCUCCCAAAGAAGAAAUAAAGGCUGAGAAGUCUCCUGAAGAAGAAAUAAUGAUCAAGAAACUUCCCAAAGACAAAACAAAGGUCGACAAGCCUCCCAAAGAAGAAAUAAAGAUCAAAAAGCCUCCCAGAGGAGAGAUACAGGUUGAGAAACCCCCUAAAGAAGAAGAAAGGGUCAAGAAGUCUCCCAAAGAGGCAAUACAAGUAAUGAAGCCUCUCAGAGACAAAAUACAGGUCACAAAGCAUUUCAAAGAAGAAAUCAAGGUUGAGAAACAUCUCAAAGAAGAAAUGCAGGUUGAGAAGCCUCCCAAAGAAGAAACAAAGACUGAGAAGCCUUACAAAGAUGACAUUAAGGUCAAGAAGCCUCACAAAGCUGCAACAAAGGUCAAGAGGCCUCCCAAAGAAGAAAUAAAGGAUGAUAAGCUUCGUAAAGAAGAAAAAAAGGUGAAAAGGCCUCCCUCAGAAACCAUAAAGGUCAAGAAGCCUCCCAAAAAAGAAACGAAGGUCAAGAAGCCUGCCACAGAAGAAAUAAAGGCAGAGAGAUCUCCCAAAGAACAAAUGGUCGAGAAGUCUCCUGAAGACGAAAUAAAGGUUGAUAUGCCUCCCAUAGAAGGAAUAAAGGUCAAAAAGUUUCUUAAAGAAGGAAUAAGGGCUCAAAGACAUCCUAAAGAUGAAAUAAAGGCCAAGAAGCUUCCUGAAGACAAAAUAAAGGUCAAGAAGGCUCCCAAAGAAGAACUAACGGUUGAGAAACCUCUCAAAGAAGAAAUAAAGGAAGAGAAACCCCUCAAAGAAAAAAUAAAGGUCAAGAGACCUCCCAAAGAGGAAAUGGUCGAGAAAUCUCCUAAAGAAGAAAUGAAGGUUAAGAAAUCUCCCAAAGAAGCAAUAAAGGUCAAGAAACCUUCCAAAGAAGAAAUAAAACUCGAGAAGCCUCCAAAAGAACAAACAAAGGUAAAGAAGCCUCUCAAAGAGAAAAUACAGGUCAAGAAGGCUCCCAAAGAAGAAAUUAAGGUUGAGAAACCUCCAAAAGAAGAAACAAAGGUCAAGAAGCCUCCCAAAGAAGAAAUAAAGGUGGAGAAGCCUCCAAAAGAAGAAACAAAGGCCAAGAAACCUCCCAAAGCGAAAAUACAGGUCAAGAAGCCUCCCAAAGAGGAAAUAUCAGUUGAGAAACCUCUCAAAGAACAAAUAAAGGCAAAGAGACCUUCCAAAGAAGAAAUGACUGAGAAAUCUCCUAAAGAAGAAAAGAAGGUUGAGAAGCCUCCCAAAGAAGGAAUAAAGGUUGAGAAGCCUCCUAAAGAAGGAAUAAAAGUAAAGAAGCCUCCUAAAGAAGACAUAAUAUUCGAGCAGUCCCCCAAAGAAGAAAUGGUGGAGGCACCUCCUAAAACAGAAAUGAAGGUCGAGAAGCCCCCCAAAGAAGAGAUAAAGGCUGAAAAGCCUCCCAAAGAAGAAAUACAGGUCAAGAAGUCUCCCAAAGAUAAAAUAAUGGCUAAGAAGCCUCAAAAAGAAGAAAUAAAGGUCAGGAAGCUUUCCAAAGAAGAAGUAAUGGUUGAGAAACUUUUUAAAGAAGAAAUAAAGGCCGAGAAGCCUCUCAAAGAAAAAAUAAAGGCCAAGAAACCUCCCAAAGACGAAAUAAAGGUUGAAAAACCUUGUAAAGAGGAAAUAAAGGUUGAGAAAACUCCAAAAGAAGAAAUAAAGGUGAAAAGGAUUUUCAAAGAAAAGAAAACAGAAAAGAAAUAUGUCAAAGAAGAAAUGAAGAUUGAGAAACCUCCCAAAGAAGACAUAAAGGCCAAGACGGCCUCCAAAGAAAAAACACAAGAAAAGAAAGUUGUCAGGGAAUCUGAGUGGAAACGAGAAAGAGAAACAAAGAAACCUAAAGGAGACAUCAAACCCAAAAGAACAAUCAAUCGGGAGUUUGCAUCUGUCCUCAGGAAAGAACAUCUUAAUGUUACAAAACCUGAAACUGCACCAAUCAAGACCAAAAAGAUGCCGGUAGUGAAAAAGCUGGAAAUGCCAGAUAGAAAUGUGUCUUUAACAAAGAUGAAAGUUAAAGCAGUGCCACCAAGGAAAGUUCCUGUGGCUCCAAAAGAAAAAGUCAAACCAGCAGCGAAAGUCAAAAAAGUUGCUGAGGUUCUUGAGGAGAAGAUUGAACCAAUCACUCCCAAGAAAGCAACUGUUAUUAAGGAGAAACCAACACCUGCUGAAAAGAAGAAAGAGAAAAUUGUUCUGAAGAGGACCAUUAAGGAAGAAGAACAAAAAUAUCUUAAAGACAAACAGGAGCCAGCAAAGAAAGAAAAACCUGCUGAGAAGAUGGCUGCCAGAGAGGAGAAGAUUGAAGAAAAGCUCAUGGACAGCUUUCCCAUGGACGACGAGCUACCGUACUUCCAGUGUUUCUUCCUGGACGAGGACGAGGCCCAGUUUCCGUUUUAUGCCUUCUCACCUUUGCACAUUUAACUCCUAGCCUUUAUCUAAUCAGAGGUUAGCUUAUCGAUAACGACAAGGUCCCAUCACACCCUGGGCUGCAGAGACAUGGCGGCACCUGUUCACUGAGUCCAACAAGCGCUCAGAGCGGGCCAUCAGGGUGAAAUAUGGAAGGACUAUUUUUAUGUUUUUGUCACCAGGCCUGGUUGAGCUCUCAUUUUAAAUACAUGAAAACA